AUGAAGGGUAUUGUUGUCGAGAAAGUAGGCGGACCGUUCACACUUGUGGACACUCUCGAUAAGCCAAAGCCAAGCUCAACGCAAGUUCUGGUCAAGUCUCUCGUGACCGCUAUCAAUCCAGUAGAAGGCUACAUGCAGGGUACAGGGUUACUUGUAACUGCCUGGCCGAUUGUGCUUGGAUGUGAUGCCUCGGGAGUUGUAGUAGAAGUUGGAGACGAUGUGAAAAAGUUCAAAGAAGGUGAUCAUGUCUUCGGCUGCACCAGACUUGGGGUACCUGGCCACUCGACAUUUCAAGAAUAUUUCCUCAUGGAUGAGCUUCUUACCUUCCAAAAAGCAGCCAGCAUCACAGUAGAAGCAGCAGCCACAGUAGGAGUGGGACUUUUGACGGCAUGUCUGGCUUUGGUCGUUGGAACUAAGAUUGAUCUUGAGCAAGGUAGUGCUGCAGAUCCCAAUGAGUGGAUUAUCGUCCUAGGUGGUGCAGGGAGCGUAGGACAAUAUGCAGUUCAGGAUAGCGGAAACUCGUGCUCAUUUUAUGAAAUGGUGCUGACGGCUUCCCAGGCUGCAAAACUUUGCGGAUACAAGGUCCUUGCUUCAUGUUCGCCUUCUAGUGAUGAGUUCGUGAAAAAUCUUGGAGCUGAUGCGACAUUCAGCUACAAGCUGCCGCUGAAAGAUCAGCUCGCAGAGGUCGAGAGCUUUACCAAAGGCAAUUACCUUCGAUGCUUUGAUGCAAGUGCAAUGGCAACCGAGACCGGUAUGGAAGCACUUGCUCAAGGCGGAGAUACUCAUGCGGAGGUCAAGUACUUUGCCACCACGAACGGUUGGAGCACGAUAGAGCCGAAGAAUGGUAUAGAAGUGUGCGCGGUUGACUUGGGGAUGAUCGGUCGAUCCGGCAGUGAUAAAAGCCAAGUUGACCGAGACAUCGAGGGAUUCAUUCCCAAGCUAGAAAAGUAUCUCUGUGAACGACUUCUGAAACCUAUGGGAUAUGAGAUUGUUGGCGAUGUCGGAGUUGCAGAAGUUCUGAAGGGCCUCGAUGCUUUCAACGCGCGGAAAGGAGGAGAAAAAAAGGUGCUAGUGAGGCUCGCUGCAGAGUAA